UACUGUGGUUAUACUAUGGUGGCGGUAGUGUAUGGUCCAAUGAAAAGAUCAAGGUGGCUGCUCUCAAGAUAUGUAUAUACUUCAUGCAUAUUAGAAACAUGCGUGAUGUUCGCGAGUUGGCGGCUUUGGCGGCAAUGUAAUGAGUGUUUAUAUGGCAUAUAUGUAAUACUAUCUGAUACUGUUCCAUUUAUUUGUUAUAAACUACGACGGAGGUUAAUUCAUAUAAAUAUGGGUAUUACUGGGUUACUUCCAUUUCUAGAGAAGUCUUCUAGAAAGACAAAUAUCAAAGAGUUUUCUGGUGGAACGGUUGCAAUUGAUACUUAUUGUUGGUUACACAAAGGUGUGUUUUCUUGCGCCGAGAAACUAAUGAUGGGACAAACAACAAACGCGUAUAUUUUGUAUUGUAUGAAGUAUAUAAACAUGCUUUUAAAAUACAAGAUAAAACCCAUUUUGGUGUUUGAUGGCCGACGGUUGCCCGCUAAAGAGCAAACAGAAAUUAAGAGACGGGAAGCCAGACAAACCAAUCGUCGUAAAGCGAUUGAAUUGAUACAAAUGGGUCAAGUUGCUGAAGGAACAAAUUUGUUGAGACGUGCCAUAGACAUAACUUAUGAAAUAGCAUUGGAAUUAAUCAAACAUUGCCAGAAAGAGAAUAUUGAUUGCAUUACAGCUCCUUAUGAAGCUGAUGCACAAUUGGCUUAUUUAAAUAUCAAUGGUAUAGCUGAUGUUGUUAUCACAGAAGAUAGUGACUUGACAUUAUUUGGGUGUAAGAAAAUAUUUUUCAAAAUGGACUUCAAUGGAAAUGGAGUUUUGAUCGAGCAAGAUCGAUUGUAUCUGGCAAUGGAUAUGAAACCUGAACAAUUUGAUAUGGAGAAAUUCCGCUACAUCUGUAUUUUGUCCGGUUGCGACUAUCUCCCUUCUCUUCCUGGUAUCGGUUUGGGAAAAGCACGAAAAUUUAUUACGAGAAAUACAGAUCGCAAUAUACACAGAGCGUUGACACGUAUAGCCUCCAUUCUCAACAUGAAAUCGCUUGUUGUGACACAAGAAUACAGAGAUGCAUUUAUAUUAGCCGAUAUAACAUUCAAGCAUCAAUUGGUAUUCUGCCCGUUACAAAGGAAACAAGUACGAUUGAAUCGACCCCCGGUUGAUGUUACUGAGGAUCAAUUACUAUAUGCUGGAAAGGAAUUAGAUAUGGACGUUGCUUUACAACUGGCUCUUGGUAAUUGUGACCCAGUUACUUUAAAAAUGGUUCACAAUUUUAAUCCAGACAAAAUUGAACGAAAAAGAAAGCGAGAUGCAGAGAUAGAACAAACGGUAAUUCAAACUAGCAUCUGGUCAAGCAGAUAUAAAUUGAAAACGAAAUAUCAGAUCACUUCUUCCGAAGGUGUUUUAAAUUCGUCAGAUAUUGUUGAAAAAGAAUUUAGUAGAGAAAGGAAAUCUCUAAAAGAUGCAAAUGUUUUGUUAAAUUUGUAUAAUGGGUCACUCAUGCAAAGCAACAAUCUUCUAAAGGAUGAAGAUUUUAAUAAAACUGCUAUCUUGGAUAUGUAUAAUUCGAAUCAAGAUGCUAAGUUGACUGCCAGUCCUAAAAAUUUUCCUGAAAGUUCAGAAGAUUAUUUAUGUUUCGCAAGAAAUAAUACAUCACCAGAGUUACUUAGACAAAGAAAUCCAUUUGUUAAACGAGUGUCAGAUUUUACAACUUCACCAAGUGUUUUGUCUAAUGGAAAUUGUCGAAAAAGAGGAAGAAACUUGAUGCGUAUAAAACGAACUAUAAUAGAUGACAAUGCUAUAAUAGAAAGUAAAUAUUUUUCAAAAGAAGAUAAUAAACAGCAUAUCGUAGUCGCUACUGAGUCAAAAAAUAAGGAAAUUGAAGUCGACACAAAAAGCACAAAACAUAACACAAUUCCAAAUAUGAAAGCGAGUAUGUGUAAUAGCAUAGAGUAUGAUAUAAAUCAGGAAGAAGAAAAACCAUCUAUAAUAGAUAUUGCGCAAAAUACAAGUUUAGUGGAAAAUAUUAAUGCUAAAGUUUUAUCAAACCAAACCGAUUGUUUGACUGAUACUAAAAAUGUUCCUGAAAAAUCAAAUCCUAAUAAGAUAAAUGAUGUGUUGUCAAUGAAACAUGAAAGUUAUAUUUCAGAUGACUUUUUAGUAUCUUCAAGUUCUAACAUGAAAGCUAAUGAUAUGAUCGAUUAUAAAAAUGUAAAUAGUUCACAAAGUAAUUUAUUUAAAUGGUCAAAUACAGAAAAUAAUCGAAUCUCUUAUAAAAGAAAUACAAAUAAGAGGCAAAGUUCAUCAAAUCUGGUAUUACGAGUCAAUUCAGUAACAAAGAGAAAACAAUUAUCUCAAAGUAAGCAAUUGUCACCGUCUCCCAAGCAACAAAGCUUAUUAAGCAUGUAUGGAUUCCAAAAGAGUUUUCUUCGUAGGGCGUCUCUUAAACACUGAUUUUCAAAGUCUAUUAGACCUGGAUAAGUUGCUAUUUUGCAAAACUCAGAGUGUGCUAUCAAUAUUUUAUUGUGACAAAUAUUGACAAGAGAAUAUUCCUCGAAUAUAUGUAUAACAGUGAAUCAGGAUUAGAAGAAAGAGAUAUAAUGACUAAAAAGAAAAGAGAUGUGAUACGUUUGAUUAGACAAGUGAUUAAGUUUUAUUUGAAAAGAGUUGAUUUAUACGUGAAUUCUGCAGAGCAGCUCAAGUUCGCCUUAUAUUGCUUUAUACUGCCAUAUGUAUAUAAACUAUCGCUUAUGUAUUAGCAAUUAAGUAUUAGUCUAAAUUUUAAAACUCUAAUAACAUGAAGAAUCUUUAGAAUACUCCACACUCUACGUGACUCAAGAGGUGAAAUUAUCCUCUUAAAGUUUAUUCUAAAUGCUCAAAUAAUUUAAAAAAUAAUAUUAAAUUUAUACGAAAAAAGGUACAAUAUGUUAUAGAGUUUAUGUAAUAAAAAUAAGAUAAUUGGUUACCUACUAUUAUAUAAAUUGUUCUCUUACAUUGUCCGAUCCUUUUAUACUGACUUGUUUGACC